GCAAACUCUAUGUUGGUACAGAUGAUUUUGCUGAAUUGGUUAUGGGGAAGUGGGGAGAGGUGGUGGAUGCUGCAACAGUUGAAGAAUUUGAAGUUCAAUGGAUGCAAUUGUUUAAUAUGUGCAAGGACAAAUACAGCAACUUUACCUCCUAUUGUUCUACUACAUGGUUGGUCCACAAGGAAAAAUUUGCCAAGGCAUGGACAAAUCAUGUGAUGCACUUUGGAACAACAACAAGUAACAGGGCUGAGGGUGCACAUGCCAGUUUGAAGAAGAUGUUGCGGGAUUGCAAGGGUGACCUAGCCACUUCUUGGGAUGCGUCGCAUAGUUUGACAUGUAAUCGACAUACAGAAAUAUUAGCAUCGUUUGAGCGCAGUAUUCACAGAAUUGAUCACAUUUUCAUGUGCCCAUUUUACACCGCCAUACCACCUCAUGUACUCCUCCACAGCCUCUCCCGAAUGAGUAGCAGGGAUCCCCUGAGGGCGCAGCAUCAUACAGGGUCUGCAAGACCCCAAAGCGAAUAG